CUUAAAUAUGCUCUCCGGCAGCUCCCUGCCCUGAGACGGAUCGAGCUGGCAACUGAACCUGAUUCGCCCGUCUAUGGGUUUGAUUGUCGCUUCGACUGUCGGCUACACGGGCAAGAGGAGUUACAAAGACUGCCGGGCACUGGCACGAAAGUUUUUGAAGCGAUCAACGAGAGGGCGCGCAAGAGUGGUGACGCAAUACAGGUUUUUCUUUCCCUUUUGUUCUCCUGUCCUUUAUCAUCUCGAUUUUACCCUCCUUCUCUCCCCAAGACAUUAGGUUCCACCUUGCUAGGAUUUAUAUGAAAGUGAUAAUUAAAGAGCAUCUAGGCUGAUCUCAAUACUUUCUAGCCCGUGCCGGUACAGAGUGAUGUGAUCGAGCCACGUCCCAUCCCCGGCGACCCGGUCGACUUUUGUAUUGCAUUCGGAUCAGGAUAUGCGACUGAGAUGGCCGCAGAAGCAAUCGUCGACAAAUACCUCUUCUCUGCCUGGUUGAAGGCGCAUCCGUACGUGCUACGACGUAUAAUUCUCGGGCAUUCUCCACUGGCUGCCGAGCUUCAUGCGGCGCGGUCGCGCAACCUGCGCACAGUCACCUGUCCCGGGUCCCAGGAACGAUCUGUUCCUCCUUCGACGAUAGCCGAGCAACUCCUGAGCCCAACCGUGCCCACGUUUGUCUGGAACCUGCCCUUUCAUGAGAUGGCGUGCGAAGAUUUCGGGGAACGGGAAGAGAACUGGCUGCGGGGAAUGGCCAAAUUCAUUGCCGUCGCCACGCCGGACCUUGACCCCGCGCUGCGGACGAUUCAGCUCAACCUCGACCCGGACCCGCAUCAUUUCCUGCCCACUGAUCCGGAGGAGUAUCCAUGGGACCGGAUCACACGAUUGGAGCAGGAGAUGCGGGUAUUGGGGUUGGAAUUGAAGUAUACACCUCCGAAUGUCACUCGAGAAGAGUAUGAAGAGCUUUACUGCGUGAGUCAGAGGAUCGACGAUGAAAGGAGAGACACGGCCAUAGCCUAGAGAGGAGCAUCGGCCGUAGGACGAUCUUGUACUUG